AUGUGUUUUGUUUGUAACUUUUAAAGUAUCAACCUUGAACAAAAAAUAUUGGCUCAUAAAACACCACAUUAAAGUGUUUUGCUUUGGACAGUUUGUUUGUCAGUUUUUAAAAUCAAAAUUUAAGGUUUUUAAUUGAUAAAUUUGAUAAUAAAAUGGAAUGGAGUUGGUUAAAGGAUUGGUGGAGAAUAAAAAAGUGGAGAAGAACAAGAAAAUCAAGUGAACCCAUUUGUUAUUGUGAUGAAUGCUUGCAAUGUGAUGGAGACUUGGAAGUAUGCGACCCAAUAGACGCACUAACCUCCCAAGAAAUGGAGGAUGGAGGCAAGGUGGUUUAUGUGGGGGUUUGUGCUAUGGCUAAAAAGUCACAGAGCAAACCCAUGAAAGAGAUUCUCACCAGACUGCAAGAAUUCGAGUACAUCAAAGUAAUUGUAUUUCCUGAAGAUGUUAUCCUGCAGAAACCAGUAGAGGAAUGGCCAGUCUGCGAUUGUCUGAUUUCCUUUCAUUCCAAAGGGUUUCCAUUGGACAAGGCGAUCUCGUACGCUCAAUUGCACAACCCCUACGUGAUCAACAAUUUGCAUAUGCAGUACGAUAUCCAAGACCGAAGGAAGGUUUACUCGUUACUGGAAGCAGAAGGAAUCGAAAUUCCUCGAUACGCGGUUUUGGACAGGGAUAGCACUGAUCCAAAACACCACGAAUUAGUAGAAUCAGAAGAUCACGUUGAAGUUAAUGGGGUUGUUUUUAACAAACCUUUUGUGGAAAAGCCCGUUUCUGCCGAGGAUCACAAUAUUUAUAUUUAUUAUCCUACAUCAGCAGGGGGUGGAAGUCAAAGAUUAUUUAGAAAGAUAGGCAGUCGUAGCAGCGUUUAUUCCCCAGAAUCGAGAGUUAGGAAAACUGGCAGUUUUAUUUACGAAGAUUUUAUGCCAACUGACGGGACGGAUGUUAAAGUUUAUACUGUUGGACCAGACUAUGCACAUGCAGAGGCCCGUAAAUCCCCGGCCUUAGACGGAAAAGUGGAACGGGAUAGAGAAGGCAAAGAAAUCCGUUACCCUGUGAUACUUAGCAACGUGGAAAAAUUAAUUUCACGAAAAGUCUGCCUUGCCUUUAAACAAGCGGUCUGUGGAUUUGAUCUUCUAAGAGCUAACGGAAAAUCCUUUGUUUGCGACGUAAAUGGCUUUAGUUUUGUCAAAAACUCAAACAAAUACUACGAUGAUUGCGCCAAAAUUUUGGGCAAUAUGAUUUUGCGAGAGCUUGCGCCAACUCUACACAUUCCGUGGUCCGUGCCGUUUCAACUCGACGAUCCUCCCAUCGUGCCAACAACUUUCGGCAAAAUGAUGGAGCUUAGAUGCGUUGUUGGUGUCAUUAGACAUGGAGAUAGGACACCAAAGCAAAAAAUGAAGGUUGAAGUCAGACAUCCAAAAUUUUUCGAGAUAUUUGAAAAAUAUGAAGGGUAUAAACAUGGACACGUAAAGUUAAAACGUCCCAAGCAACUACAAGAAAUUUUGGAUAUUGCGAGGGCAUUAUUGGCUGAAAUUCAGCAACAUGAAGCUGAUCCUGAAAUAGAAGAGAAGCAAGGAAAACUAGAGCAACUUAAAGGCGUAUUGGAAAUGUAUGGUCACUUUUCUGGCAUAAAUAGGAAGGUUCAGAUGAAAUAUCAACCAAAGGGAAGACCUCGAGGGUCUAGUUCUGAUGAUGUGGACAAACCAGCUGAACCAUCAUUGGUCUUAAUCUUAAAAUGGGGCGGGGAAUUGACUCCUGCUGGAAGAAUCCAGGCAGAGGAAUUGGGUCGAAUUUUCCGUUGCAUGUACCCAGGGGGACAAGGUAGACAUUUUGCCGGCGAAUACGCAGGCGCACAAGGUUUAGGUUUGCUAAGGUUGCACUCGACCUUUCGCCACGACCUGAAAAUUUACGCGUCAGACGAAGGCAGAGUUCAGAUGACAGCGGCGGCCUUUGCAAAAGGCCUAUUGGCCUUGGAGGGUGAACUUACCCCAAUUCUUGUGCAGAUGGUUAAAAGCGCAAACACUAACGGACUCUUGGAUAAUGACUGUGAUAGCAGCAAAUAUCAAAAUAUGUGCAAAUCAAAAUUACAUGAACUUAUGCAAAUAGAUAAAGAUUUUACGCAAUUAGAUAGGGAGAAGAUAAAUCCGUGCAAUUCUUCUAGUAUAUCAGAUGCUUUAGAUUUUGUGAAAAAUCCUGUAAAAUGUUGUAAACAUGUCCAUGAAUUAAUAAAAAAUCUUUUGGAGAUUGUACAAGUCAAAAAGGAAGAUCUUAAAACAAAAGAUGCAAUUUUGUAUCAUGGAGAAACUUGGGAGCUGAUGGGGCGACGUUGGGGUAAAAUCGAAAAAGAUUUUUUCACAAAAAAUAAAACUUUUGAUAUCAGUAAAAUUCCGGAUAUUUACGAUUGCAUUAAAUAUGAUUUGCAACACAAUCAACAUACUUUACAAUUUGAACAAGCCGAGGAACUCUAUAUGUAUGCUAAAUAUCUUGCAGACAUUGUCAUUCCCCAGGAAUACGGUUUAACAACUCAGGAAAAGUUAACUAUCGGUCAGGGCAUAUGUACGCCUCUUUUAAAGAAAAUAAGAGCCGAUUUGCAGCGUAACAUAGAAGAAGCAGGCGAAGAGACAGUGAAUCGUUUAAAUCCACGUUACUCGCACGGAGUGUCUAGUCCGGGUCGUCAUGUUCGAACCCGCCUUUACUUUACUAGCGAAUCGCACAUACACUCGUUAAUUACUGUGCUGAGGCACGGAGGACUGUUGGACACGAAAAAAGACGAACAGUGGCGAAGAGCAAUGGAGUACGUGUCGAUGGUGUCGGAAUUGAAUUACAUGUCUCAGAUUGUGAUCAUGUUGUACGAGGAUCCCACAAAGGAUCCGUGCAGCGAGGAGCGGUUUCACAUUGAACUGCAUUUUAGUCCUGGGGUUAAUUGUUGCGUGCAAAAGAAUUUACCGCCAGGUCCCGGUUUUCGACCGCAUUCGAGAAAUGAAUCAGUUGGAAGUAAAAACCCGAGUUCAAAUACAUCGGUAACAGCAACCCCAGACGAGAUAAAAAGCCAAUGUUCUCCGAGGAUUGAAGAGGAGGGGGAAAUUGGUAGCAUGGAUGACGAAAAAUACUCGCCGAAGGAUUCCGCGGACGAUUCUGAAACAGUUUCUCCUACCAUAUCGCCGCAGGAGUCUGUUUAUAAAACAUUCAUCAAAACAAGCGAUCCAAUACCAAUUGGGAGUUCCCAUACAGUUUGCGGCCAUGAGGCGAUGCAUUUGGCGAAAUGUUUAAACGAAGAGCUGGCAAAUCAGGCGGCGCAAAGCGGCAGAAGUUACCUAAACCACAGGGCGGUUAGUCCGGAACCGGAACCUAGGGCGCGGAGCUACGAUCAUAAGAGCCCGCAGAAAGGGGGAAAAGUAUCCCCGUCAAGUACCAUGUCAAUAACACCCACCAAUAAUCCCUUAACCUCUCCCCUUGAGAUUCCAAUCCGGACUGUAACUUCGAAAAACGAUUUUACAUAUUUAAAUUGCGAUAACAGUUUUACGCCUAUAAACUUUGAUAAAGGAGAUUUAAGUCCUAUCGAUGGGUCUUUUGACAGCGAUUUGGACUCUUUAUCAUGCAAUAAUAAUCUUGGCAGUAUUGGGCAGGAUUCUUUAAAGUCCAGGCCGCAAAGUGCUACAAAUGAGUUGCCUUUGACGGAAUUAAAUUUAGCAUUAUUUACUUGCGAAUUAGAGACAAAAAGUUUUAACAAGAUGAGCACCAACGAGUUGCCGUUGUCUGAUAUCAGGUUUGGUAGAAAAGCAUCUCUCUCCAAACAAACCACAGUGGACAGUCAAAACGAUGAUGUGUCGAUGGAGGUUAAUUGGGAGACAGAUGUUAAAAAUGUAGAGGAACGGCGAUUAAAGAUUGCCAAGUUUCAAAAACGAUCAUUUUCUGAUCCAAACUUAUUUGAUAAUAAAUGCAUAAACUUGUCAGACAAGGAAUUUUUGUUCGAAAAGUACAAUCAGAGCUUGCUUAGUAGUGAUAGUAUUCCUCCCACAGAACCACCGAUAUUUAGCAAUAGUUUUUACCCUAACGCCGAGCAUGUAUCCGAACACACCCGAUCCCGUAGUUGCUUGCUUUGCGCUAACAGUUCGCCCUCCUAUCUUUUGUCAUUCUUUACGUUCGGCACGUGUCGAUCGGUUUCGCACCUCGUGCCCCCGCCCCCCAAUGUAACCGCCUACCAACACAACCACCUUCCUCCUUGCAUGUCCGAUGUAGAAGGCAGUGCCGUAAGCAGCGCGCGUCGCCAUCGUCACAGUAUCGCCGGACAGAUGAGCUAUUUCAAGAUGCUAGGCUUUGGGUGUGGAGGCCCGUUAGGUGUCAAAAAACUAGUGGCUGGCAGCACCAACUCCCUGUUCUCCACGGCCGUCAUCUCCGGAAGUUCCAGCGCACCCAACCUGAGAGACAUGAUCACCAGCACAGCAAGCGCCUCGGCCAUUGAAGGUUUUGGAGGCGUCCCUCCAAUAAGACCGUUAGAAACGUUGCACAACGCCCUCUCGCUGCGUCAAAUCGACUGCUUCCUGGACCAAAUGACAGCAGCGCCGCUGUUCAGGACGCCGUCGUCGACGCCGCCCAGGUACCCGUCAACACCGCUUCCGACGCCUGGUGCCGGUCAAUCGACUGUUAGUUUGGCGUCUUCUACUACGCAACCGUUGAAACUGACCUCGCCAAGUAACAGUGUAGGCUGGAGCGGUCCUCCAAGUUUCAUUUCGAACAGCGGUCCCAGUUCCCCAGGUUAUUCGGAAACAAAUUCAAAAGAAAGUAGUGAGAUGUCGUCCAGCGUGAUCAGUGCAGAUGGAGUUACAAUGGAUAAAAUUAGCAACAUCUUCCCAACCGCUCUUGUCUUGGACCAAGAUCUGGGAAGUGUUGGAAUGUUGUUGGAUAUGGAUCGAGAAAUAUCUGGAUCCAUGGAGUUUUCUGAAUACUAUGCCAGCAUUCACAAACCAGUUUAUAGAGGGGAGAGCGGCGAGGUGACCCCAAUAUCAGGAGGUUCCGAAGUGGAAUUUAAUACAAAUGACGCUACAGCUGGAAGUACAGCAGAUUGUGAUGUCACCGUUACCGAAGAUAUGGAGCAUUCUUUUAUUAUGGGCGAUGAUGAUAUUUUUGAUCCAAUAGAAUCAAACAAUCAAAUGACUAUUUCCAAUGAAAGUAAUAGAUCUAGCAUAAAUAUGUGUGUUAAUGUUUUCAACAAUGAAAGGUUACCGACAUCAAUAAGCCUUUUAAGCGAAUUGGAUUUAACGAAGCCUAGCGUUUACGAUAAGGAAUUAUCGAGUUCUAGUAAGAAUAUUUCGGGAGUUGAAUCGGUUAAGUGGAAUACUAGUAAAGAAAAAUUUUUAGAAAGUAAAGGUUCAAAGUAUGUAAAAAAAGAUAACAUAAACUUUGCUAAAAAUCUUAAUAUUACGACAGAAAAAAAGGUGGAUAAAGACUACACGGAAAUUAAUCUAUUAAAACAAACACCAGGCACUGUUAAGGUAAAAGAAAGUUUCAUAGAACCGCCCAGAAUGAACAGGGUAUCCAGAAGUUUUCACGGGAAGUUACCAACCACUAACAGCUUUUUAGAUAUUUCAAAUAAUGCUCCCAGGCGGGCCAGUGACAGCCUCUCUACAGCAACCAACACUGCUUUUGUGACGACUACAAAUUUUGACAAAGAAAAAAAGAAUAGACCCGCUUUUACAAGUCAACUAUCGCAGCCUUGUACUACCAAUAUAAUUACGUCCAAUUUAAAUUUCAGAAAAACUUCAUUAACUGAGACAGUUCCUAAAAAUCCGCGAUUUACAACCGUCAAAGUUGACGAAGCCGAACAUGCUGCUUUUAUGGGAAUUAAAGUGAAAUCUACAGAAAAGAAGGAAUACGAAUAAAUGAAUUUACAAUAGGUACUUGCUAUUUUAGGAUGUUUAUAAUACGAAAGGUGGAAAAAUUUCUGGGAUUGUAUUAUUAUUUUAUAAGUAUUAAUAUUUUUAAUUAAAUUAUUGAUUUGGCAAUUUCUUAAAUAUUGUAGUAGCUGUAGUAAAUACAAGAUAUUUAUCAACUGUUAUUUCAGUCUAUUUGAAGGGGGUUUAACUCUCUAGCGUUCCUUUAAAUAGUUAUUUUUUAAAUUAAUAAAGGUUAGAUUAAUAAAUCCAAAUUCCCCAAAUUCAAACAAUUUUCGUAAUUCCGGAAAUUUUUGCAAUAUAAAUAAUGUGGUUAUGCCAAACAAUGUUAAAAAAAUUAGACAUAAAAAUAUUAUUGUUAAUUUAAUUGUACUUCUUUUAGACAGGUCAUAAACUAGCAUACAUGUGUGUUAAACAUGGUUGCGAUUUGAUGUUUGCUAGUGUGUUGUCAAAAAAACGCAAACAUGUAAAAUGUACAUUGUAAUGUGAUUGUACAUCACACAACAAUCAACGCACUGUCAAGCAUGUAUGACAAAAAUGUAUGCUAGUCUAUGGCCAACUUUAUAAAAUAAAC